AAUACGAUAUGUUCCCAUUGAACUGAUGUAUGUUCCAAAUUCCAAGUUCCAAGUGAAUCAAGUGUUAUCAUCGAAAACUCUAGAGUCGAAAUUUUGAGGUUGCUUUCUGAAGGGAUUUCGACGUUUUAUUUUUUUUAUUGCGUGGAAUUAUUGUGGCAAAAGUGAUAAAAAUUGGGGAAAAGUUAAACGCCGUUAAAAUCAUAUAACUGAGUUGUUCUUAAUUCAAGAUCAAAAAUGUCUCACACAAUAUUGCUUGUACAACCAGGUAAUAGACCUGAAACAAGAACAUACUCUGAUUACGAAAGUGUUAAUGAAUGUAUGGAAGGUGUAUGCAAGAUUUAUGAAGAACAUUUAAAAAGGCGAAAUCCAAAUACGCCAACAAUAACAUACGAUAUCAGUCAAUUAUUUGAUUUUGUUGAUCAACUUACAGAUUUAUCAUGUCUUGUUUAUCAAAAAUCCACAAACACAUACGCCCCAUACAAUAAGGAUUGGAUUAAAGAAAAGAUAUAUGUUUUACUACGUCGAGCUGCAGGACAUGGGAAAUAAUUAAUAAAUAAAUGUACAUCUAUAAUUUUGUGUAUAAUAAAAAUGACGUUUAGGUAAAGAUCUAUAUUAAAGUUUGUAAUAAUAAAUAUAUAACGUACAGAAAAACUGUACUAUUGUAUAUUCAUAUACUAUAGAAUAAUCUCCUUAAUAUUAUUUUUAGGGAUAAUAUGAUUUCUUAUUUCACAUAUAUAUGUGUUUAUAAUAAAAUAGUUAUGUGGUUUUUU